GUCAGACCCUGCACAAAUAGCAGGUGAGAGUCGCAGGUAUAAAUGUCGGCAACACGAUCCUCCGGCGGAGAGGUACCUCUCUCGAACACUGUGGCUCGGAUAGUAUGUUGUCCCUUGUCAUCCUCGGAGCUCUGGUCUCUGUGAUUCAUGCCAAAUUCUACCCCACGUACCCGAACUUCGAUAUGUGUACCGGCGUCCUAAUGCAGUACUCUUGCGAGAAUACAACGGUCUUGAAGAAUUCAUGCUGCAAUGUAGUACAAGGCGGGCUUGUGCUACAGGCGCAGUACUGGGAUACAUAUACUGGUCUCGAGUCUCAUGGCCAACUGCUUCCAAAAGGCAGCUGGAGUAUCCAUGGCUUGCUUCCAGUUAACUGCGACGGCACGUCCGGUCAGUACUGCGACCUUAGCAGGCAGUAUGAUCCCAAACCAUCGCCGUCAACCUUGCCCAAUGGGACGGUUAUUACUCCUUAUAAAGGACCGAGUGUUAGAACAUUUCUCGAUGAAUUCGAUCAUUCCGACUUGUUGUAUUAUAUGGAUCGAUUCUGGAUCAACCAGGGCGCACCUAAUGAGGAAUUAUGGGCUCAGGAGUUCUCAAAGCAUGGCACUUGCACAUCCACAUUCGACGUUGCUUGCUACGAACCCGGAUACAAGAAACACCAGGAAGUUGUGAACUUCUUUGAGACUGUCGUCAAGGUUUUCCAGAAGUAUCCUACUUUCUAUAAGCUCGCUUCGGCAGGAAUUGUUCCCUCCAAUACAACAACAUACACCCGCGCCCAGAUUACGGAUGCCCUUUACUCCCAGAUUGGUGCUGAUCCUUGGCUUGGCUGUCGUGAUGGUACUGUAUUGGAGGAGAUCCAGUACUUCCACCAUGUUAUGGGCUCGGAGCAAUAUGGUGACUUCAAAAUUCUCGACUCGAUUAUUCCUUCAACCUGCGCAGAAUAUGGAAUCUGGUAUUAUGAGCGAACUCCGACGUCCGAGAGAGCUGUUGUACAUUAGGCUAAAUGCAGGCAUUCAAUGUCAUCUGCGGGGUCGCGUGUACCUUGACAUAUGGCAGUCACUGCCUGCUGUCGUCUGUUCAAGUCGUUUUAACAUUAGAUUUUAACUCGAGAUCAGAGUCAUGAUUAUA